ACGAACAUAUAAAUGUUCAUUCAUUUCAGAGAAGCAGAGACACAUGACAAAGGACAACUAAGCUUUGGUCUGUAUUUUCUACGUGUCUGUGCAUAUCUGUCUGUGCGCUUUGGUGUGUGUAUAAGAAAGUGAAACUGUUUCACACUCAGUGUCUCUUCGUGAAAUGGCGCAGCAACAUAUUCAAGUAGAGAAGAAAAGGCUCUGCUGUUCGAUCUGUUUGGAUCUGCUGAAGGAUCCGGUGACUAUUCCCUGUGGGCACAGCUACUGUACAAACUGUGUUAAAAAUCAUUGGGAUGAGGAAGAUCACAAGAAAACCCACAGCUGCCCUCAGUGCAGACAGACCUUCACACCGAGGCCUGCUCUGAAGAAAAACACCAUCUUGGCAGAGUUAGUGGAGGAGCUGCAGAAGACUGAACUACCAGCUGAUCACUGCUACGCUGGACCUGGAGAUGUGACCUUUAAUGUCCGCACUGGGAGGAAGCUGAAAGCUACCAAGUCCUGUCUGCAGCGUCUGGUCAAUUACUGUGGGCAACACCUCCAGCCUCUGUAUGAAUCCCCUGCCUAUAAAAAACACAAGCUCAUCAAACAAUCAGGGAAGCUCCAGGGGAACAUCUGCUCUUGUCACGGUAAAGAGUUGAAGCUUUUCUGCCGCACAGACCAGAAGUGUAUCUGCCUUCUCUGCGCAGUGUAUGAACACAAACACCACGACAUGAUCUUGGCCUCAGAAGAAUGCAUUAAAUGGGAGGGGGAGCGUGUUUCAAGUCAACAACAGGUUAAAAAGAGAAUCCAGGACAGAGAGAAUGAUAUGAAGGUGCUUCAGCAUGAGAUGGAUGCUAUAAAUUAUUCUGCUGAUAAGGCUCUCAAGGAAAGCGAGGAGAUCUUUACUCAGUUGCUUCAUCUUAUCAACAACAUGCGCUCUGAUGUGAAGUUGCAGAUUAAAUCCCAGCAGAAAACAAAAGUCAGUCGAGCAAAAGAGCUUCGAGCCAAGCUGCAGCGGGAGCUCAGUUGGCUGAGGAGGAGAGAUGCUGAGCUGGAGCAGCUGUCACAUACAAAAUAUCAUGCAACGUUUAUUCAAAAUUACUCCUCUUUGACAUGCAUAAAUCAGGGAACCGACCCACGCAGGAUUAACAUGCAUCUUCUGCAGUACUUUGAGGAUGUGACACUAACUCUGCACAAGGCCAAAGAAAAACUACAAGGGAUUCUUACUGAUACUUCCACCAAAAUCUCACUGAUAGAGAAAGAAGUUAGUGUUUCAGUGCCAUCAGGAGAGCCUAAGACCCGAGCAGAAUGUUUAAAACACUCACAAGUACUCACACUGGAUCCAAACACAGCAAACACACACUUGUCACUAACUGAAGGAAACAAAAAAGCAACUGUGAUGAGUGAAAAACAGUUAUAUCCCAGUCAUCAAGACAGAUUCACUGACAUGUUUCAGGUCCUGAGCCGAGAGAGCCUGAGUGGACGUCAUUACUGGGAGGUGGAGAAGAAGUCGUUUGAAGUUUCAAUAGCAGUUACCUACAAAGAUAUCAGAAGAACAGGGUAUGAAAGUGGAUUUGGAAAUGAUGACAAAUCCUGGGCUUUAGAGUGUUUUAAUAAGAGUUAUCAGUUCAGACACAAUGCCACCAGCACUUUAAUCAGAGGCCCUCAGUCUUCCAGAAUAGGCGUGUACCUGGAUCACAGUGGAGGUAUUUUGUCCUUCUACAGCGUCUCUGACACGGUGACUCUCCUCCACAGAGUUCAGACCACAUUCACUCAGCCACUGUGUCAGGGUCUUGGUGUUUUUGCUUCUUCUGAUGCUGCUGCUGCUGCUGAGCUGUGCGAGCUCAAAAAAAUACUAGUGCCUGUAAGUCAUGUGUAAGUUGUCCUAAAAAUCAGUGAUUUUCAUGAGAGUAACUGAGGGACAGGCAAAGACUUUAGGCAGUAAAAGAUGUAUUAAUAGCAUAAAACAAAACAAAAAAGCAUCUGAAGAUUAUAAAUAAGGAUAUGUAACAAUAAUCAUGAAAACUAUAACUAAACUUGAACAAAGACACAAUUUGGGGACAUAGCAGUUCAAGCUACUUGUGCUAAAAGUCAGUGAUUACUGUAAAAAGAAAUAUUUGUGGCCACAUAUGGUUGUUUCUAUGGUAGAAGAGGGUUAAUAGCAUAAAGAAAGCUUUUAGAAAUAAUUAUUUGACCGUUUUUAUACAAGAUACAUAGAUUCUGUCAUGGGGACUCAAAUGGCACUAAAUAGUUUGAAUGAACCAAACAUAAAGUUAAAUAUUUUAUUACUCAUCACUGCCUGUAUUGAUUUAAAUUUAAAUAGUAGAAGCCUCACAGUAGGUCAAUACAAUAUUUCUCUUUAAAAUCCUCAAAGGUGAUCCAUUAGAGUCCAGUCAGGUGGCAUAUUGGCCAGUUUUCAUUUCAGCUUCCAUAGAAUCUGAGAAGUGGGUUAAGUUGCUUAGCAUGCUAAUACACAGCAGCGUUAUCUGACUUUUGUCUUUGUUCCUGUUGUAUAGCCACUAAAAGGGUGAUGCUUUCAAUGAACUGAAACAAAAGUAGGGAACUUUUCUAUGUAACCAUGCUUCUGUGAAAAAUUUGACACAAACAUAUUAGAGUUAACAUACUAAUCUCCUAAAGAGUAGAAAAUUCAGCAAAGCUUUUUUUUUUCUUUUUUUUAAAUACUUAAUAUAUCCCACCUUUAUUUUCUGGAACGCUUCUGCUCUGCUUAAACAGAGUUGUGUUGUCAUCUCCUGUUUACAUUAGCAGACAUUCCUAAAUCUCCAGAGCAAUUAAAUAAAGCAAACAUGGAAGUGAGUCAGCUGAAGUAAAGCGGGUGUGGGUGUGGAGGGGGCGUCAGCAGGUUUACAGAGAUCAGUUUGUUUUGUGAUAUGUUUUCUUUUUGAUAACUAAACUGUCAAAUCAUGUUUUUGUUUGUUUGUUUGUUUUAGUUUUUUAAAACAUAUGUCAGGUUUAUGAUCAUUAUUUAAAAAUAGAAAAGCACAUUUAAACCUGGACUGAGCCGAGACUGGUUUUAAAACCAAGUGUAAAGAAGAUCCAGUGAUUUAUUUCAUAGUUUGCUAAAGCUCAAGACUUUGUGUGUUUUCAGACACAAGUCUUUUUUUCACAUGUUUACACUCCAGUAUUAUUAGCUUAAAAUACGAACUCUGUAGUCAAAGAGUAGUUAUUUUCAAAUGAAUUUGAACAUUUGCACAGUGAAGAGAAGUUGCUUGAAAUGUUUAAACCUGUGUUUUGUUGUAUGUGAAUAUUUGCACAAUCCUUGUUAAGUCUCUAACAUUUUUUGCAAUUAAAAACCUUGAUUUCUGAUUGUUAUUUUCAAUAAAGAAAUAUGGAUCUAUUUUAAA